ACAUACACAAUGGGGCAGACGUACAAAACGUAGCACAUCCUUUAGGUUUGUGAAUUGCGGUGCUCGCUCGGUACUUUUUGCCCUGGCCUUUCCAUCAUCAGCAUAGGCCUCGUUUUCCAGCUGCGAUUUUAGGAAAGUACUCUUCCCUCCCCCUCUGUCUCUCGAUCUUUACGGCUCGACAUGCUUUCGAUCUUCACCCGCUCCAAGAACUAGGGUUUUUCUUCUCUUUGCCUCCAAAAAAGUUCAAACGCACCUCGGAAUAUCGGGCUCGCUCCUUUGCCUCUCUUCAAUCUCAGCUUAGGGUUCACAGAUCUAAAAUCAAGCUCGCCUCGGCUCUCUUUGCUGUCUGUGUACUUGUUGCCGCGCAUAUAUCCGUAUAUAUCGUUCAGCAUGUUUUGGAAAUUACCGGUUCUCUCUGCGUCGUCUCCUGUCGAGUCAUUGUUAGACAAGGAAAAUUUCACAUUGGAAGAGCUUUUGGAUGAAGAAGAUAUUAUCCAAGAAUGCAAAGCUUUAAACAGCCGUCUCAUUAAUUUUUUGCGAGAUAGGGCCCAAGUAGAGCAGUUACUGCGGUAUAUUGUUGAGGAUCCUCCAGAGGAUGCUGAUAGCAAAAGAACCUUCAAGUUUCCAUUCAUUGCAUGUGAGAUAUUUACGUGUGAAAUUGAUGUUAUCCUCAAGAGUUUAGUUGAGGAAGAAGAGCUAAUGAACUUUCUUUUUUCCUUCUUGGAUCCAAACCGGCCACAUAGUGCUUUGUUGGCUGGAUAUUUCAGCAAGGUUGUAAUAUGCCUUAUGUUGCGGAGGACAGUUUCACUUAUGAAUUAUGUUCAAGCCCAUCAUGAUGUUUUCCAGCAAUUGGUUGAUUUAAUUGGUAUCACAUCCAUAAUGGAGGUUUUGAUACGACUUGUAGGUGCUGAUGACCAUAUCUAUCUCACUUCUGUGGAUGGAAUGCUCUGGUUGGCUGAUAGCAAUUUACUAGAAAUGAUUGUGGAUAAACUGGGUCCAUCUAACCCGCCUGAAGUUCAUGCUAAUGCAGCAGAGACUUUAUGUGCUAUAACUCGUAAUGCUUCAGCCCUUUCUGCUAAACUUUCUAGCCCAAGUUUCAUAGCUAGGAUAUUUGGUCAUGUACUGGAGGAAUCAAAUUCAAAAUCGAGUCUUGUUCACUCUUUAUCUGUGUGUAUUUCUUUGUUGGAUCCAAAGCGAUCAAUUCCUCCUCCCAUGAUGCAUCCAAUCCGAAGUCAACACAUGUUUGAGUCAUCUAGACCUGUUAAUCCUGAGACUGUUGGUGCAAUGCUGCCUAAGCUUGGUGAUCUGCUGAUGCUAUUGAAUGUUUCAUCUGAUGAGAAGAUUUUGCCUACAACAUAUGGUGAACUGAGGCCACCUCUUGGGAAGCAUCGCCUAAAGAUUGUGGAGUUCAUUGCGGUGCUACUGAAAACUGGCAAUGAAGUUGCUGAGAAGGAAUUGGUUAGAUCUGGGACAAUUCAGAGGGUCAUUGAUCUUUUCCUUGAGUAUCCAUUCAAUAACUCAUUGCAUCAUCAUGUGGAGAGCAUUAUCCUUUCAUGCUUAGAGAGCAAAAACAAUACAAUUGUUGAUCAUGUUCUCCAAGAGUGUAAUUUGAUUGGAAAAAUUCUCCAUAUUGAUAGACAUCCAAUUCUUUCUAGUGAUCAGAACCAGCCAACUUUACCUGUUGCUGGGAAACAGAUUCCUCGAGCGGGAAACCUUGGACACAUCACACGGAUUUCUAACAGGCUUGUUCAGUUGGGACAAAGUAACCACAGAAUCGAGGCAUUUCUUCAGGACAACAGCGAAUGGAAUGAUUGGCAAACUACUGUUUUACAGGAGCGUAAUGUGGUGGAAAAUGUCUAUCGGUGGGCUUGUGGGCGCCCAACUGCAUUGCAUGAUAGAACAAGGGACAGUGACGAGGAUGACCUUCAUGACAGAGAUUAUGAUGUAGAAGCUUUAGCAAAUAAUCUGAGCCAAGCGUUUAGAUAUAAAAUAUAUGAUAAUGAUGAUGCUCAAGAGGGUAAUGGGGCUCUUGAUCGAGAUGAUGAGGAUGUCUACUUUGAUGAUGAAUCUGCUGAGGUUGUGAUAUCAUCUCUCAGACUAGGUGAUGACCAGGGAAGUUUGUUCACAAAUUCCAAUUGGUUUGCUUUCCAAGAUGAUAGAAUUGGUAAUGCUCCUAUGAGUUCCUCCCCCACUGAGGUGAUGGAUGAAAUAAACUUGAAUGGAACAUCAAUUAAUGGUAACGGGAGCAGUGAUGAUGAGGUGGUGGUUGGAGAGGAUGAGGAGUUGGCUGAAAGCAGCAGUUCUGGAAAUGGCACAUUAACUUCCAGUAGAGUCAUCUUAAAUGAAUUUUCUGGACAAGAGUCCUCAAACCGGGACUUGGUCCAGCAGAAUGACAGGACACGUGCUUCAGGUGAUACAGGCUUCUUCCAAUUUGAGACGCCAGAAGAGGACCCAUUUGGAGACAGGCCUUUACCUGAAUGGGUGGGAUGGGGGGAGUCAUUGGAUUUUCAGGUUGGUAGAUCAAGUGUAAAUCCAUUUGAAGAUCCUAUCAACUCCACUGUUGAUCUAGCUGACCCAGCUCAGUCAGAAACAUGGCAGGCUAGUUCCCCAUCAACUGAGAUCAUAGCAAAUGGCACCUCAACUGGCAUGGACACAAGUGAUGGACCAGUGGUAUCUGAUACAAGUCAGAAAGAUAUCGUGCCAUCGUUAUUUGAAGAUGAUGUUGAAUUUGUUGGAGUGGAGUUAGAGGGCACAGAAAAGGCAAUGGAACAGGCUCUGAAGGAGGGGAUUGUCGGAGAAGCAGGACCUUUGAAAAGGCACAUUGUCUCUAGUAUGCAUGAGAAAGAUAAUGCGGACGAGAAUGGGUCGGGAGUAAAUGAGUUUAAUGAUGCAAACUACUGGAGGGUUGAUCAAGAAGUAACAGUUCUCGAGUAGUAGUGAGUUCAUUGUGUUUAGAAUCUGUAACUCAAAAUUCAGGAUGGCACAGACAGGGUGCCCCGUCUUGGUUUGGCUGCAGACAUAUGUACAGUAUAAUUUUGUUUCUGUUUUUAGUAAAGAAGUGGAUUCUAGGUUGUGCUAUGAUUAUUUUUAGUAUUCAUUGAUUGUUAAUUGAAUUUUGUUCAUUGUCCA